AUGGACGCCGCCACGGCCCGGACAUCCAACUCGGACAUUUUUUAUCCGGGCAGUUUGUCCGACACACCCCUCAGCGGUUCUUGCGAAUUUUAUUUGUUUUUUUCGUUGUCCAUAUCACCUGUUGUCUACAUCACCCGUUGUCUACAUCACCCGUUGUCUACAUCACCCGUUGUCCACAUCACCCGUUGUCCACAUCACCCGUUGUCCACACGACGUUGUCCACAUCACCCGUUGUCCACAUCACCCGUUGUCCACAAGACGUUGUCCACAUCACCCGUUGUCCACAUCACCCGUUGUCCACAAGACGUUAACCACAUCACCCGUUGUCCACAUCACCCGUUGUCCACAUCACCCGUUGUCCACACGACGUUGUCCACAUCACCCGUUGUCCACAUCACCCGUUGUCCACAAGACGUUGUCCACAUCACCCGUUGUCCACAUCACCCGUUGUCCACAAGACGUUGUCCACAUCACCCGUUGUCCACACGACGUUGUCCACAAGACGUUGUCCACAUCACCCGUUGUCCACAUCACCCGUUGUCCACACGACGUUGUCCACAAGACGUUGUCCACAUCACCCGUUGUCCACAUCACCCGUUGUCCACAAGACGUUGUCCACAUCACCCGUUGUCCACAUCACCCGUUGUCCACAAGACGUUGUCCACAUCACCCGUUGUCCACACGACGUUGUCCACAAGACGUUGUCCACAUCACCCGUUGUCCACAAGACGUUGUCCACAUCACCCGUUGUCCACAUCACCCGUUGUCCACAAGACGUUGUCCACAUCACCCGUUGUCCACACGACGUUGUCCACAAGACGUUGUCCACAUCACCCGUUGUCCACAUCACCCGUUGUCCACAAGACGUUAACCACAUCACCCGUUGUCCACAAGACGUUAACCACAUCACCCGUUGUCCACAAGACGUUAACCACAUCACCCGUUGUCCACACGACGUUGUCCACAUCACCCGUUGUCCACAUCACCCGUUGUCCACAUCACCCGUUGUCCAAACGACGUUGUCCACAUCACCCGUUGUCCACAAGACGUUGUCCACAUCACCCGUUGUCCAAACGACGUUGUCCACAUCACCCGUUGUCCACACGACUGCAUGGCUGGGGGUGGUGUCGGCUGUAG